AUGGGUUCCGUGGUCCUGCAGCUGUGCACUCUCUCAUGCCUGCUGGUUCACUCGGUUUCUGGCAACCCUAUCAUGAGUCUGGAGCAGUCGCCCCUGGAAGAAGACAUGCCCCUCUUCGAUGAUGUCUUCUCAGAGCAAGAUGGUGUAGACUUCAACACACUGCUACAGAGCAUGAAGAAUGAGUUUCUCAAGACAUUGAACCUGUCUGACAUCCCCACGCAGGACUCGGCCAAGGUUGACCCACCAGAGUACAUGCUGGAGCUCUACAACAAAUUCGCGACAGAUCGCACCUCCAUGCCGUCUGCCAACAUCAUCAGGAGUUUCAAGAAUGAAGAUCUGUUUUCCCAACCAGCCAGUUUUAACGGACUCCGAAAAUACCCUCUCCUCUUCAAUGUAUCCAUCCCUCACCAUGAAGACAUCAUCAUGGCUGAGCUCAGGUUGUACACCCUGGUGCAAAGAGACCGCCUGAUAUAUGAAGGAGUGGACCGGAAAAUCACCAUUUUUGAAGUACUUGAGAGCAAAGAGGACCAUGAAGGGGAAAGAAGCAUGCUGGUAUUGGUGUCAGGGGAGAUCUAUGGAACCAACAGUGAGUGGGAGACUUUUGAUGUCACUGAUGCCAUCAAGCAUUGGCAAAAGUCAGGCUUGUCCACCCACCAGCUGGAGGUCCACAUUGAGAGCAAACACGAAACAGAGGACACACUUGGCAGGGGACACCUGGAAAUAGACACCAGUGCCCGGAAUAAGCACGAUCCUUUGCUUGUUGUGUUUUCCGAGGACCAAAGCAGUGAGAAGGAGCGGAAAGAGGAACUGGAUGAAAUGAUCGCCCACGAGCAAUUCCCAGAGAUGGACAAUCUGGAUUUGGACGGUUAUUCCAAUGGACCUGGGGAAGAGGCUUUGCUGCAGAUGAGGUCGAAUAUCAUCUAUGACUCCACCGCCCGCAUCAGAAGGAAUGCAAAAGGAAACUACUGCAAGAGGACCCCGCUCUACAUCGACUUCAAGGAGAUUGGCUGGGACUCUUGGAUCAUCGCUCCGCCUGGAUAUGAAGCCUAUGAAUGUCGCGGUGUUUGCAACUACCCCCUGGCAGAGCAUCUCACCCCCACAAAGCAUGCGAUUAUCCAGGCCUUGGUCCACCUCAAGAAUUCCCAGAAGGCUUCCAAAGCCUGCUGUGUGCCCACCAAGCUUGAGCCCAUCUCCAUCCUCUAUUUAGAUAAGGGCGUCGUCACCUACAAGUUUAAAUAUGAGGGCAUGGCUGUCUCUGAAUGUGGCUGUAGAUAG